GUGCAUGGUUUCUGUUGUCUUUGAUUGGAGUUUGCUUGUUUCAGGUAUAUAUUUUGGCUCACACAAAAGAGAUUGUCUAUGGAAGCUCCGAACUUGCUCAAAUUGAAAAAUUGGAAAAAGUGCACUUUGAACAUGACAAAAGAGAAUUAUUCGGUAUAGGCAGAGGUUUGAACGCCAUAGAUGAAAAUGAGAAUGAUAGCAGCAAUAGAUUUGACCAUGACCAAAAGAAGGAUGAUAUGCUGCGAGAAUACUUGUUCUCAGAGACCGCAACUGGACUCUUCGGAGAGCCAAGUCGAAAGGACCAAGUGCGGUGAGUUACCAAACAGUUUAGUGGAGGGAGGUGCUCUAUGGGACAUCUUCCGAAGAGAAGAUGUUCCCAAACUGGGGGAAUAUCUUGUCAAGCACUUUAAAGAAUUCAGGCACAUUCUUUGUUCCCCAUUGCAGGAGGUCAUCCAUCCCAUACAUGAUCAAACCUUUUAUUUGACUGAGGAACAUAAAAGGAAGCUGAAGGAAGAAUAUGGUGUUGAACCAUGGACUUUUGUCCAGAAACUUGACGAUGCAAUCUUUAUCCCUGCUGGCUGUCCUUAUCAAGUGAGAAAUUUGAAGUCGUGCAUCCAGGUAGCAUCAGAUUUUGUCUCACCUGAAAACGUUGGAGAGUGCAUUCGUCUGACAGAGGAGUUCCGUCUUCUUCCGCUGAACCAUCGUUUGAAGGCAGACAAGUUGCAGGUGAAGAAAAUGUGUUUAUAUGCUAUGAAGUGGGCCCUGCAAAUUCUACUCCCUCGAGAAGACUCGGAUGCGGAAGGAGAUGAAUCAAAGAAACGAAGAAAGGCUCCUUCAAUGAGGAGGAAGAAGGAAUCAAAGAAGUCCAAGCAAUAAUGAGUCUGGCUUCUCGUGAUGUAUAUUCUCAUUCCAGCUUUCUAUCCCAGUAGUUAAAAGUGAGUCCCUCUCCCCAUUUUGUGGGUGUCACUUUUGGCUAAAAGAUUACAAGGAGUUAGUGUUGGAUUGGUGCUGUUCUCGUAUCUCCCUUUCUGCAGCCUGUGUUGCUUAGGGGACAUACGUGCCUAGUACUCAAUCCUCCUCGAAGGAUUCUUCAUCAUCUCCGGCUUUAUAUGGUUUAGGGGAAGGAGAGCGAGCAAGUGUUGGAGAGAUAUAUGUUAGAGGGUUCUCCAUAAUUGCAUGAAUGCAAGACAUGAUGUGUUGCCUCGCUUCCUUUUUCCUUCUUUGAUUCUUGAGAAUCACCGCUAUCAACGCUUCAGUAUGGAAGUCUCUUGUUCGAUUAAUCGUUGAAGUGGUCGAUUUGUAGGUUGGUUGUUGUGUUUGAAUGCAUGUACUUCUUGUCCUUCCUCAUCAUCCAUACCCGUUGUUCCUCUUGUUGCAUGCUGAGUGGUUUUCCCCGGGAGGCGGAACACCGUACCUUCCAUCUCUUAGGUGUUGGUGUUUAACUCAAGAAUGUACUCGAGUUAACAUAAUUGUAAUUGAGGCUCUAAUCUGGACUCCUCCGUUCAAUCUCUUCGAGAGUGGAAGAAUAUGUGGAGAGGAGGGGACUGCUCCUGUGAUCUAUGCUCCGACCCCACGUUAGUACGAGAUACAAGUGGGUAUAUGUGAAUGUAGAGAGAUAAAGUUAGGGAGAGGACUUGUAUGGUGAAUGUGGAGAAGAGAUCCCUAGCGCUUAGAGGGCAUAAGCCUCUUUACAUAGGAGUCAGAGGCUUCCAUUGAGCUGGGUGCCUCGGGGUAGGCUAGGCACCUUAGAGCGGCCUGGACGCCUUAGAGCGGAGUGGACACCUUCGGUGAAGUUGGACGCUUUAGUUAGGCUAGGCGCCUUAGAAUGGGCUGGAAGCCUUAGGAGAGGUGCCUUACGUAUGCUUAGUCUCAUUGGUGAAGUGUGUACCAUUAUUGUAUUAGUCAUAUACUAAUCCAUAUCUCAACAGUUGCCCGAUUACUUAUUGUAUUUUCUAAGAAUGGAACGAGUAACAUAAUGCACUAUUUUAUAUUGAUUUUCCUUGCAAGCUCGAAAGAUGCUCUUUUACCCCUUGAGGUGAGGUGCCUCAAAGUGGGUUGGAUGCCUCUGGAGUGGUACUUUAUCUUGAGGUGGAUGCCUUAGGCGUGAUGUCAUGAAGCUGACGCUUUUAAGGGGGCCUUCCGGUGUGAUGCUUUGAGGUUGUCGCCUUAAGAGUGAGAUGAAGGUCUCAGUGGAGGUGACUUGAGGUUGGCUGGAGGCCUAAGAUGAGAUGUUUUAAGGCUAACGCCUCAGUGAGAAGGAGGUCUCAGAGGCAGUGCCUUGAUGCUGCAUCCUUAGGAAUGUUAAUCCAAAGGGUGCGCUCUGCCCCUUGAGGUGAGGUGCUCAGGUGGAGGCCUCACAGAAGGUGCCUUUAGGUUGAUGCUGGAGCGAGUUUGAUGUCUCAAGUAAGAGAUGCUUUGGGGUUGACGCCUUAAAGGGGGGUGGAGGUUGCCCCUUGCAUGUGUUGAAAGACCAUUGAGUUUUCUUUGUGCGGAUGUUGCAUGAGGAGUUAGACGAUUCAUUUUGCUCCUUGUGCGAGUUCCAUGACCAUUGCAUUUGCCCCUUGCUUAGCUUUCACUGUCUUGAGUUAAAAUCUCUCAAAUUGUAAAGAUUUGCCUCACUAGCCCAUUGUUAUUAGACAUUAGCUAUGUAUCCUGGUGACCCCCACGAUUUGAGACUUUUAACUCAAGGCGCUCUUGUGGCUCCCCAAUGCCACGCCUAGGGGUGAACAAACACAUCCGCAAACCGACCCAACCGUAUUUAUCGCUAAAACGAGGGUUUUGGGUUGGGUGAGGGUUUUCUUUUGUACAACCCGCCUCUUUUAGGUAGGGUUUGGAUUUUGGAUUACACAACCCGUAGAACCUGACCCAACCCGUGUUCCAACUAUUAGUAUGAGUUCGUAUCUAAAAAUAUUUAUGCCGUAUGUAGCCAUACCUAUGCGAAAAUUAAGAUAUUUCGCCAUGUUUUCCUAUCAUGAUCUCCCUAAUCUAAUGCAUUCUUCGACUAUAAGUUUAGACAUAAAUUGAAUAUAGUUAUGAUUCACAUAAUCAUUUUUCUUGUGUACAAUUUUAAUAGAAUAAUAUAUUAUGGAUGCGUUUGUUUAUAACCUUUUUAGCCUAUUUCAACAAAUAUCGUGAAAAAAACUCGACAUAUGUUGAAGUAAAUCACAUUUUAUUAAAAUUCAAAUAACAUUUGUGAAUUUUGAUACCUUUCACCUCGGUUUAUUCGUUUGAAAUUUUAAUUAGUUAUAAAAUAUUUUUAUCAUGUAUAAUAAUUAUAUAUUUUAUGUUGGGUUGGAUUUUUACUUAAAAAUAUCGCCACCAGACCCAACCCAAUUAGAAACAAACCGUAGGGUUUAAAUAUUUUUGGAUGGGUUUGGGUUUGAUAAUUCCCAAACCAUAGUGCAUGGGUCGGGUGAUUAAAAUGGUUAAACUCGAACCAACCGACCUAUGUACACCCCUAACCACGCCUACUAGGAGGCGUUCUUCUUGCAACCUACUAGGAGGUGUUCUUCGUUCGAUAGAUGCGCUCCUUUUUCAAUAUACCGUAAGAUGUUUUUCUUUUAUCCUACUAAGAGGAAUUUUGAUUGGAGAAGACUGUAGGGAUGACAAUAAAACCCGAACUCACGGGUACCCACCCGACCCAACCCGGUCAACGCGGGUAAAACCCGUGUUGACGGGUUUUGGGCCGGGUUUGGUUUUAAACCCGCUACACUAUUCAUCGGGUUGGGUUUGGGUUUAGGUAAACCCGCCCCAUGGGUACCCGCCCAUACACAUAUAAUUACCUUCCCGGUAUAUUUAUUACUAAAUAAUAUAUCUUCCUUAAACAACUAAUAUUCUUUAUGUUUGUGGAGACAUUUAUGUUUGUGGAGACAUGUAUAAUUUGUUCUUUCUAAUUGUUUAGAAUAAAGUUGAUAUUAUGAA